AUGUCAAAUCACCAAUUAGAAGAAAAACAAAAUUCAAUUUUAAAUAAAUUAAAAUCACUUGAAGAAAGAUUAAAUAAUAUUACCCCACCUUCAAUAAUAACAGAUAAUCAAAAAAGAAUUGGUAAAGUUUGUGAAGAAAUUGGUUUGGAACAUGAAUUAGUUAGAGUACCAUCACCAUAUUAUACAUGGACAUUAGACCAACGUGCAAGUUAUUUAGAUGCAUUUUCACCAGAAUAUUUAUUAAAAAGUAUUAUUUUAGAAAAUACAGAAUGUACAAAUACAGAUACAUCAAUUCCAACUAAUAGUAGAUAUUAUUGUGUAAUUAUUCAAUAUACAACAAAAAUUCAAAGUCAUAAAAUUUUUAAAUUUAUAAAAAAUAUGAAUAGUAAUGAAAGUGCAAAGAAAUUUCAUUUUACAUUAGCACAAUCAGCAGAAUCAUUAACUGGAUUUGAAUAUAAUGCAGUUUGUCCAAUUGGUACAACUGUUAAAAUUCCAAUCAUUAUCUCAAAACAUAUUAUGGAUUUACCAAGAGGUGUACCUGUAUUUUUAGGUGGUGGUGAAGUUGACUUAAAAUUAGUAGUUGAUAUUCAUUCAUUUAAAGAAAAAGUUGAAUCAUCUGGUAAUACUGUUUUCAUUACUGAUGUAAUUGAUACUUCUGAUAAUAAUAACAACAAUACUGAAAAUGAUAUUUAA